AUGAGUGUGAGCGAUCCUCAAGGACACCCACUGACAGGGUCUUCGGAUCAUUCCAAAGACAGUAGAGAUGUUCUGAGGAAGAUCACUAUAGUGCCUCAACUAGCUGGCAAAAUAAAUAGCCAGGUUGCAGAGCAACUGUUCUCAAAGAUGAGAAAAAAUAACUACUUUUUGAACAUGUCUCAACCAUCAACACAUCUGUUUCAAAUGAGGACCAUAAUUCACCACUAUAACGAAAACAAGAACAACAAAGUGAGGACUAGAUUAAUGAAGACGUUUGGAUCAAAGUUGGUGAAGAAUAUGCAUGGACAGGCUGUGCUGGAAAAUUCUGACAUCUCCACUGAGGAGCCAGUCCCCAUAGACAUUGAGAUGGAGGACACAACCCCGACCUCAAUGAUGGUCCCAACCAGUACAGAAAAUGAAAUUGUCUGUAACAUCAAACGCCUGUCUGCCAGUAGAGUGUGUUGGGAUUGUCUGCCAAGUCAUAGGCAAUCAGCAAUGCUUGAAUGGGCUUUGGGGACAGAUGACCCAGAUGAGACAAUUGCCAAAGUUGGAAACUUGGUUCUGAGAAGGAAAGAUUUCUGUACUCUAGGUCUCAAUGAGCUGUUAGAGGCAACAAUUGCAAACAGCUGUCUUGAGGUAAUCGCAUUGGUGGCUAAGGAACGAGGAAUGGAUGUGUGGACAGCCAACGCAUAUGUUGUGGUGACCUGGUUGCCUCCAAAUAAUUUGGACCCAUCCUUGUCAUUUCCAGUGAGGCCACAAAGUUACAUAACAUUCACAGCAGUGUCCAAUUUUAUUUUAAACUGAAUGGAUUUUUUUUAAAUCAUCUAUAGGAUUGUAUAGCACUGAAAGAUUGCAUUGUCUUCCCUGCUUGGAAGCCAGCACACUUUGCAGUGUUGUCUGAAAAUUGCCUGCUUUUGUCUCAUCACAAUUCAGAAAUGCCAUUUCAUGAUUCUGAAGUACUAACACUAUUUUUUGCAGGUCAUGAAGCCAAAAGAUAGGCACAUGUACUUCCUAGAUUCAACCAAUCCAUAUGGGUUGAGUGAUGAGAGAUAUGUGAAAGUUUUCAGGUUGCAAAAAUAAAUAUAGAAGUGAAAAUGUUCAAGGUUCUUAGUUCAGGUUUGCUGUUCAAGGUUCUGACUUCAGGUUCGCUGUUCAAUGUGUGUGUUCAAGUUUUGCCGUUCAAGAGUUUAAUAAACUUGCUUAAUGGUUACUUGCAUGAUGUUCUGAUUUUGCAUGCUGUGACAGUUUUUACAAGAAAGACCAAAUACUGUUGACUGUGUUUUUGCAUGGAUUCAGAGCUUCAAACUGUGUGCUGCACAAUGUAACUUCAUAUUAACAAAUCUGUUUUAUUAUUUUUGUUGCAGUAAGAUGACAGCCAAAAUUGCACCUGGCACAUGGGUGCUACUGAAAAACAAGGAUAUCCCCCAACAGAUUGGUGGUGUAGACUGUGGAGUCUUCAUGUUGAUGUGCGACUUUCCAAACAUACGGAGAUGGUGGGCUCUUAUUCUUAUGGAGAACUUUGGGGUUUUCUCUGAAAGUGCAGAAACCCUACAAGAGUCCCUUCCAUGUGAAGAACAAGCUACGCUUAGCAACAGUGAGGCGGUGUGUGUGUGUAUAUAUAAUCUCUUUACAUAUAAUACAGGAUGGUCAUGAUUAAAUGGGCCUAGGGGUGAAUUGGUUUUUUGUUGUAUAUAUUUUUAUUGUUUCUUUUAAAAUGAUGCUUAAUUUUCUCUUUUUUAGUUUUUUGACAUGUUUUAUUUUACAUAAAGAAAAAUGCAUGCUGCACAU